UCGCGUGCAUGUCCGCUUUCAGGCUUCUCCCUAGUAGUAUACAUUUUUAUGCAUAUAGAAGCGCUGGUGGACCAAUCAAAUGCGGGCGUGACAACUCUCAGGCUUCUCUUUGUUAUUAGUUCGUUGUGUUAUAGAUGGCAGUAAAACGUGGAAACAAUUGCUAUGGUUGACAAUGGUUAGCUGUUAAUUUUUGUCGUUCAUUGGUACGUGUCAUUUUUCGUCGUAUUUCGUCUUAUCGUUAGCAUUAUGCGCAAUUGUUAUUCCGGCAUGCCGCGGCAGGAAAUAUGAUAAUCACCCGUAUAGUCCAGGCCGCUUGAUAAUAACAUGCUACUAAUAUAUGAUAAGCUACACAAGUCUGCAGACUGUUUUGGAAUAAGACUCGCCUGGCGAAUAAUCAUUGACGGAUCGCGAGGGGUUUACUGUGGCGCAUAAACGCAGAAAGUGACACAUGUGUCAUCAUAGAGUAACCUAACGACGAUCUCUCCGCUUGGCUUCUGCGUGAACGAGUAACGAUUCUCACCGGUGUGCAAUAAACAUUAAGUAACAAUGAUUGGGAUAUAUCGCCUAGGAUUAUAUUUAUUAUUAUUCGAAAGCUGCAUUGGUAAUUAUGCCAGGUGGAACAUACAACUGCUAUGCUCAGACUUAUAUCCACGAGUAUUUUUGAGUUAUUUACCUCGUGGAAAUUUGACUGGUGGAACUUAUACACAACAGAUUCAUCUCUCUAACAUGCAGGACUGUGUUAUGGCCUGUUGCAAGAAACCCCUAUGUAAUGUAGCAUUCAUGCACAAUGCUACAUGUUACCAUGUAGAAUGUGAAAACUCCAUGAUGUGUAUACCACUAUAUAGACCUGAAUUGGCAAACGAUAAUCCACCAAGCAUGAUAUUGGUGAGACCAGUGGAAAGUAACAAAGUAUGGAAUGACUUUUUGGAUCAAAUUGAUGAUGAUAAUGUUGGGACACUGAGUACAGAUGGUACAGAACAAGAUCAAGUAUUAUUUAACGAUGCAAGCAAGAUUAAUUGUAUAGAUCAAUCGAAUUGUCUAAAUAAUGAAAUUUGUGUAAAACAUGGUGAUACUGAUGUUGGAACUUGUCAAUGUCCUUUAGGCUUCAAGCGAAAUAUUGCUGGUACUUGUAUAAUGAUGGAUGAAAUAGAUACGGCUGAACUCGGUGUAACACAACAAGCAAAAAUUCCAACUACGAACGAUAUUAACACAUCGAUCAAGCCAACUAUGAAACAAUUAUUAGUUUCGGCAGUUUCUAAGGAAGUGAGAUUACCAGAAAACGAAGUCACAUUAUCCGCGUAUACUGUCCCUGCUGAACAGGGCAAUCAACACUAUAAUUAUGCUUGGAGUCUGCUUAGUCAGCCAGAAGGACACACUGGGACAAUGACAGAUCAGAAUCGUGUUACUGUUAAAUUAAGUAAUUUGUCAGAAGGUUUGUACACGUUUAAGGUAACUGUAAGCAGUCCAAACGCUUAUGGUGAAGCUUACGCCAAUGUCAGUGUUUUACCCCCGAAACGUAUCAAUCAAGCACCAAUUGCCAUAAUUACUCCCGCUUCGCAAAUUGUGAAGCUACCGAACACAGGCGCAGUCUUGGACGGUUCGAGUAGUAAAGAUGAUGAUCGUGUCAUCUCUUAUCAUUGGGAACUGCAACAAGGUCCGAUUGGAUAUCAACCUAACCUUGUGGAUACACCUACGCUUCAGUUAGAUAAUCUUAUUGCCGGCAAUUACACAUUCAAAUUAACAGUUGAAGAUUCAGAUCAUGUUACGAAUUCGACAAGUGCCAAUAUAACUGUUUUAAAAGUAACCGACUAUCCCCCGAGUGCAAAUGCAGGACAAGACGUUAUCAUUUAUCUGCCUCAGAAUACAUUGACGCUUAAUGGUAAUUUAAGUACUGACGAUCGAGGAAUAGCCAAUUGGGAAUGGACAAAGAGCCCAUCUGAUCAAAAUAAAGCAGUGGAUAUGCAGAACACAAGAACACCUUACUUACAAUUAUCAAAUCUAGAGGAGGGAAUGUAUACAUUUGUACUUAAAGUAACAGACGAUUCCGAGCAAUCUUCUACAGCAGAAGUACAUGUUUUUGUAAAACCUCCAACGAAUAAACCGCCAAAGGCUGACGCUGGUGAUGAUAUAAGCAUAGCAUUACCGGUAACUCGUGCUGUUUUGAAUGGCACAAGAAGUAAGGAUGAUAUAAAGAUUGUCUUGUAUCAUUGGGAGCAAGUAAGUGGGCCUAAUAAUGCCGAAUUCACCACAGUUAAUGAGUCUAUUACAAAUAUUACAAAAUUAACAAAAGGUGAUUAUGUAUUUAAACUAACAGUUGUUGAUGAUAAUGGGAACGCGGAUUCAGACAUGGUGAAUGUAAAAAUAACACAAAAUAAAAAUGCGCCGCCGAAAGCGAAUGCUGGUGGCGAUCAAAUUGUAACAGCACCGAUCAGUGCAUUAAUUAUCAACGGUUCACAGUCGAGUGAUGACCUAAGAAUAGGAAGUUGGCUGUGGACUAGAGAUCAGUCUAGUCUUGCAAUUGGCACUAUAAUUAAAAACACAGAUAAAUCACCAGUCUUAAUGCUAACUGAUAUAGUUCCUGGUCGUUACGUUUUUCGAUUAAAAGUAACGGAUGAUCAAGGUCUGAGCAGUGAAGAUACCGUAUCAGUAAUUGUAAAACCCGAUCCGCAAUUAUUACAUCUGGUAGAAUUGACAUUAAAUAUAGGGGCUAGCAUGUUAACUGUUUCGCAAAAAAAUUCAUUGGUAAUGAAACUGCAGAUGCUAUUACGAGAUGAAGCUUCGAUUGUAAUACGAAAUUUGAGAGCAGAACCGCACACUGGAAAAACUGUUUUACUAUUUUAUGUGGAAAAUAAGGGAGGAAAGACAAUGUUGCCAGGUCCAGAAGUAGUCAAAAGAUUAAAAGAAAAGUUACUACAAGAUUCUGGUCUUUUACAGCUGUCGGUAGCUAAUAUAGAUACUGCUAUAUGUCAAAAUAAUUGUUCAGGUCACGGUGUAUGCGAUCAAGAGACAAGACAAUGUUUGUGCGAAGCAUUUUGGAUGCAGAACUUGAUACAAAAAUAUUUUGGUAAUGGAGAUUCUAAUUGCGAUUGGAGUAUCCUAUAUGUGAUAAUAGCGUUGCUAUCAUUAGUCAUAUGUUGGGUUGGAUUUGUUUGGAGUCUUGUUUGCUUGUGCCAAAGGAUAUGUGCUGGUCGAAGACGUUUGCUUCGGCCUAAGAAAAAACCAGCGCGUUAUUCUUUGCUGCAGCCAGAGCCAGAAGAUGACAGCAGUGCAUUUUCAACUCACAACAAAAUGGUAUUAUCAGAGUCCGACACUGAUUCUGAUGAUGUUUUGUUUGAGCAUCGAAAGAGUAAAAGUGGUAGUCAUAUAAGAAAUGGUAAAUCUCGAAAUGGAUUUAUCAAAGUCGGUUCCCGAGUGAAAACAUGAGAAAUGCAAUGAUAUGAUGACGCAAAGAUGAUAAACAAUGCACAGUUGUGUAAGGCCAAACUUAAAAUACUAGUCAUAAUGUAAGUCGACUUAUGUACUUUACAAGAAUGAUCGCCUCCAGAAUUGGUAUUGAUAACAAUGUUCUAAGAAGAUAGAUAUGGGAAUCUAAAUAUUGUUUAUAGAUAUAAUGAUAACAUCGCAACAUUCUAUGUCAUGUUAUUUAAUUCAUCUUAAGUAUUAAUUGUAUUCUGUACCUAUUAUGUGACUCUAUCUGCGCCAACGAUUAACAAACAAAAAUGCGACGUCACAUGAUCGUCUAACUAUUUGAGAGCUUAUCUAAGUAUUAUUAUGGCCUUAGAAAAUAUUUAAAUUAAAAUUAGUAUUUAGUAAGCACUGUAUCAUGUCUAUAUAUCGUUUAUAUGUAUUGCUUACUCUUUAAUACAUACAUUGUCAAUCUUAUUUUUACACUACAUGGAUAUUAAAUAAAAUUUAUUAUCCAUA